CUCGCUUGCUUCGAAACACCCGCCAUAGCUGUUCACCCCGGAUUUGGAGUUGGAUAGCCCCACCCCCCUUUGCGUACGUUUCCCGCAUCCACGCUUGAAGUUGUGGUUGCGCUAUUGGUUCGAAGUGGGUCGCGGGGACCUAUUUACAGUAUGCGUAUGUUCCAAUAGUAAACUGGGAAAAUUACGAUAGCUCGCGCGAUAAAAGCGGUAUCCGGUUGUUUCGGUUUGCGACGCCAUUCGAGCGGGUUUCGGGCAACCUCUACGGGAAGCCGAACGAAGGGGCAUCUGUCAUCUAAUUAGGCGCACUUCUGCCUACUUGGCGAUGCUGCAGAUGAUCUUCACUUGUUGAAAUUUAGAAAAUAGCCACCGGCUUGUCCCCAUCCUAAAACAACUUCGAGCAUAAAUAAUGGCAGCCUCACUUGCAUUACAAGAGGAACAGAUCGAGUGGUCCUUGCUGCUUGAAGCCCUUGUGUGUGCGGCUGAGAAGGGAGCCCAGCUGGCCAGAGCGUGCCGUGCAGAGGAGCCUCUGUUCCAGCUCCUGGUGGAGGAGAAAGCUGGCCCUGAUAGAAACCCCCGGUUCGUACAUGAUUUCAAGACGUUGGCUGAUGUGCUCAUUCAGGAAAUGGUACGACAUGACCUCUCCUGCCUGCAUCCCGAGCUUGGUAAGUCUUUGCGAGGAGAGGAGAGCAACAAGUUCACGAGCAGCCAGGGCGAAACCAUAUGCGUGGAAGUGCAGCCAACACAGGAGGAAACUGCUCAGCUGCUGGAGCGUGUGCUUGAUGGGAACACGGCAGCAGCGAGAAAGUUGGCCCAGAUUGUUCACUCAAACCCCGAAGUUUGUGAGGACACAGAGCUGAGUACUUGCCCCGUGGCAUGUGUUUCCUCUCUUGGAAUCUGGAUAGACCCUAUCGAUUCUACAUCUGAGUACAUUGCUGGCAAGUGGGGUGACGAAGAUGAAGGAGCAGGCAUCGUUAGCUCAGGUCUUCAGUGUGUCUCAGUGCUAAUUGGCGUUUAUGAUCGUGGCACUGGCCUACCAGUUGCUGGUGUCGUGAAUCAACCCUUCCAUCACCUGGAUGACCAUAACAGGCCUGUAGGACGUUGCUACUGGGGUCUGGCUCUGGGUGCACAACAGUGGCACAGCCGACAAUUCUGUGAGGAUGAAGACCCUGAUCCGCUGCGGAGGCGUCACCAUCCCCGUGUCCUGCUCAGUGCCAGUGAGAGCAGUGCCGUUGUUCAAGCCCUGGAAGCUGCUGGCUGCGAAGUGCACUUCGCUGCAGGUGCCGGAUACAAGCUGCUGUGUGUGGCCCUGCUGCGUGCCGAUGCGUACCUUGUCACACAAGGCACAACUUUCCGCUGGGACACGUGUGCGCCGCAUGCCCUGCUGUUGGCUCGAAACAUGGGCCUUUUGCAGCUGUCGAAGAGGCUGGCGUUCCGUGGUGCGUGCCUGCACCCUGUCAGUUAUGCUGAUCCCGAUGAUGAGCUCUGUGACAAGGUGUCCGGGGCUGCCCUAUGGCGCAACAGCCGGUGUCUCUUUGCCUGCCGCAACUCUUUCAACUCGAGGCUCGUUUUCGAUGCACUCAGAGCGUCUUCCGUUAAGGCUACGAGCGGGGUGUCGUGAAUGACCACUGCAUUGCCCACCAUGGUCGGCAUCGGAUGUAGAUGUGAAAAAAUUUUUUUUCAUUACUUGUGGCCAAACAUGGAGAAGCGUUGCCAAAGUGUGCAACAUUUACCUUAAUAUGCUACCUGGACAAUGCAGCAUUUACGGCAAUGACAAGGCAGGAAGGUACAAAACAAAGACAUUUUGGCAAAGUGCAGCUAGUGGGCAUGCGAGUCAGAUGAUAUGGAGCUGCAAAAGCUGCUAAUGAAUGAAGCAGGUGUCAUCAUUGUCUAGUUAAUCUGAAAAGCAUCAUUUUGCUAUCUACGACUUCUGCCUAAUAGUAUCUCUCAGCAGAUAGUCCUGAAUGGCUACAGCAAGUUAACUUAUGUAACACUGGCAAAUUUGAGUUGCUUGUGUAGAUGCAGCUUGCUAAGAGCAGCACAACAUGCAAGUGCAGAGGUGUUUGGAGCUUUUUGAAUCCCCAAUUUUUCUUUCACUACUCAGCUAAGCAGUUGGAAGUGGAGAAAGGUUGAAUGCAAUAUAGGCUGCAAUGUUCAGUUUCAAGGUGCAUGCACUUGCUCCUAAAGAUUUUUUUUAAAACUUGUUUUGCACAGUUCCUAACAUUUUUCUUCACCCAAUGCAUUUAACACCAAUGUUGGUGUGCAGUUCUUCGCUAUUAUAUAUCUCAUUCUUGCUGAGCAGCCGUGCAGUGUCAGAAGCAGGGUUAAUGAAAAGAACAGGUCAGUAACUGCAUUCAGCAAUGAGUUCAGGUAUGUUGAUUAAAUAAGAACACAUAAUUACAGGUAUUUUGAACACACUGCUUCACUGCCCCCAUUAGCUUGUCUGGUUUGGCUUACUCUUAUCAGGUUUUCUUGUGCUCUAAAUUUUUCCUGCAUUAACUUUGCAUAUGCAUUCAGCUUAAUAUUCAAGCAGCAUGAGUUUAGUUUACAUAAUGUUAGGUUGUGAUGCUGGUGUUGCAGAAAAAAAAUUGUUUAUUGUACAAUCAGUUUUAUAACUAUGUUUUGCAACAUGUUUUCAUGUCCUCUUCAAGCAUGGAGGAAGAUGUAGUACUUGUCACUUUCUGGUGACUGCUGUGGCAUUCUGCUGCUUAGUUCUAGGUCGUUGGUUUGAUUACUAUCCACGGUGACUUCAAGUCAACGAGGGCAAAAUGCAGGGACGCAGCACCCUCUCGUACUUGGAUUUGUGUGCAUGUUAAGUGACCUCUAGUGGCCAAAAUUUAUCGGGAGCCUUCCAGCUUCUAUGUCCCUCAUAAGCCCAGCGUGAACUUUUGGGAGGCUAAACUCCACAGCUGAAAAAUUUUUACACGCUUAUCAUUAAUCUCAUCUGAAACAUUGUGCAGUCCUUGCAUCAAGAAGUGUUUACUUGUCAUGGCUCUCUUGAAAGACCCUACCUGGUGAAGGAGGGAGAAAAAGGGCCGUUAAACUCGUAAACAUUAGGAGAACAAUGAAAUCGGACAAGCCCCAUUUACAUUUACAGUUCACUACAUAUACAGCUAUGUGUUGACAUUAGCAGUGGUAGACCAUUCCAUGUACAAUAAAAAAAACCGCAAUUUUACAGCUGCUUAAGAGAAACUACGAAAGCAGUCGAAUGCUUUCUAUUUAGCGUCACUGGGUACUUUGCUCUAUUAACGGGUGUGCAUAGGCACUUUCAUUGUAUAGAAAGUGCAGCAUAACACAAAAUCUGUAAGUAUCACAGUGCAAAACUCGCACAAACCAUCCACAUGUAGAACCAGUUAUUGUGUUCUAUAAUAUUCACUCACAUCAGCAUUCUCACUUGAAGGUUUCUUUUUUUCUUAACAAAAAAACAUCUUGAUAGAUUUGGAGCGACUGACUAUUCCUUCAUAACUCUUGUCUACGUGUUUCUCUUAGAAUAGGCCUCAUUUUGCACCCGAACUGUGGCUCUGACAGUGUCAGUAGGACAUCACAGACAUUUAGGUAUAUUGGUAUUUGUGGGUUUAAGGAAGUGAGUCCUCACAAGAUACCACAUUGCGUCUGAUAUCUCCUAAGUUUCCCUUGCUUUUGAAUGCAAUGUUAUUGAUAAGCAGUAGCCAGUUGAUUUAAGCAGUUGUCCUGUGUAAGCUGUCAGUCGACGAUGCUGUGGAAAACUGGUACAAUACUGUGAAAGUUGUAUCACAGUCUUUUAAAUUUUCACUUAAUUUUUUAAUUACUGAGGUUCCACUUAUGGUAACAAUCCUAAUAGCAAUACCAGAAGUCUUAUGUACCAGUUUAACCGGGCACAGUAUUUCAGAUGUUACUCUUAAUUUUUUCGUUCAAGGGUUAGAGUAGGACAAAGAAUAUCAAGAAUGAACAUAGCCCUGGAAUAAUGCGGCCAUCGACGCUCGCUUCCAAAAAAAAUUGAAAUCAGUUUGGCUUUGUGUUGAAGGCGACAAUAGAAAAACUUUUUUUCUCACGACUCGACGGCAUGACAGGAAUUGUCCAACUACACUUUAGAAUUUCAUUGAUGCUUCUAACUCGACAAAAUGUGUGUUCUCAGGGGAUCUCCGUGAAUUAAGGCUGAGGAAUUAAGGCUGAGGCUUCCCAAUAGACCCUUUUCAUAAUCCGCAAGUGUUCUUCCCUGCGCUGCAUAUUUGCCCAACUAGUGUAGGCACCUGUCAUACUUCAAGUGGAGAGUGGAGACGAGGUCCCAUUUUCACGUUCUAGGGAUUGUCUAUUAUGCAUGUUUAUACUAAGAGAGCCAAGUCUACAUUUUCCGUGUUAUAGCGCAAUCAAACUGUGCUUGAACACGCUAUUUGCAGUAAGUGACUAGCCACCAUUAGUUGGCCGAACUGCAUCACAGGAAAGCUAGCUUUACAAUUAUGAAAAGGGUCUAUUAUCAUGUGUAAGAGCCUCGUCAGUCAUCCUUUUAAGCUGGUAAAUAAUAUGUGUUUAAACCAUGUGUUUGAUGAGCAUUUAUGUGGUCAUGCAGAGCAAUUUCAUGAACAAUGACUACCACUGUACCCUGUCAUAGAUGUAAAUACCUUGUCGUGGACGUGACGCUGCACAAGAUGCUAGCGUGGAGCUUUUGCAGAAGGUACCGUGCAUUUUGACACUGCAAGUGUACUUUGUAGACACAAUUUGAGUCCCAAAUUAGACAGAUGGUAGUGUGUGACUACAGUAGACUAACAGGCAUUUAACAUGAGUCACGAUUGUAGCACAUGCAUGAAACUUUUGUGUGCAAGUUGUUCGCUAGUGUUGUGCUUCCGGUAGUUUUUAGCACGCACACUAGGAAUCAACUUGCACAUGAGGAACUUGCAGGCAUUUCUAGUGUUCCACCAAGCUCACUUUACUAGUGUUCCAAGUUCAUUAUCAUGUUGUGGCUGUUGUACAAAUUGUUGGUAGUGGUUUGUGUGUAUGUAAAUUUUUAAGCAAAUGUUGCUGCACAACUGCUUGCUGUCAGAAAGUGCACAAUGAGUAUAGAAGUCAUAUCUAUUAAUGUAUAUUAUGUCCACCGCUCUUUCAAACCUCGCACAUAACUUUUCUUGCAAAUGCGAAUGAACUAGUGGCACAGAAAUAAACCUAACCUAGCCAAUUUUUAUGCGCAACUUUUUCAUUAGAUUAUGUAAGAAAAGCAUUCUUAAGUCAAAAUUUCUUUAACUGUACUCUUGCUUGGCAUAGGACUGUCACACUGGCUAAAGGCCUUUGAACAAUACCAACUAGUAUCUGAAGAAACAUUUUUCAGAAUUUGAAGCUCUGGAAAAGGCGAGUUCGCUUAUCCCGAAAGAUCCUGCUACUAUGCUAACACUGAGGUCAAUUAGGACAUGUUAAAUUUUUUUAGACUUUACAUUGACCACAACUUUGUAGUUGAAAGUCUUCUAAUUUUUCAAAGGAACUUUUGUAACUUCUUCAUCACUUUAAUAAUCUUACAAAAUCUUCUGCAGGACCACCUCGUGCAAAUACAGUGCACCAAUAUUUUUAGGGAAACAUAAUUCAGUUAACUUUUGUCAGUAUGUUAUAAAUAGCCUAACAUGUGGUUUCCUUACUGCCCUUUUAACAAAGGGAAACCAUCACUUCGGAUAUUUACAGCAGUACGUUGUAAGCAUAGCCGAGCAUUUAGUAAAGCCGCUCAUGUCAAUUUUAUAGUCCUUGGCCUCUUGAUGCCUCACUAGUACUAUUCAUACAGCAACCAGCACUAUUUGAUAAUGAAUGCUUUUUACAAUCUUUUAUAUUGUGCUUUCUCUUGAAAACAUUUUCAUACUUGCACGGCACAAAAUGCCAACAGAGAUGUUAUAAACAGUAUUAGUGGUCAUCGUUCAUAUGGAUGCUCAUAGAGGAGUUUACUACUUAUGUGGGAUUUAUUUACAUUUUGAUGUUAUAGUGUACAUUUUCUAUUUCAUGUUUGUGAUCACUAGACUGAAUACAGUACUAAGUGUGUCGUGCCAAUCACAUUUGGCUUGAUGUAUAAAAUUUUUUAGAGCUAUACAAUGAAAUAUAUAUACACACUCUCUUAUACACCAGUAUUGUAUGUAUAACGCAUACAUUAUCAGAUUUAUUUACCAUGUUCUAGGCUACGUAGUGUGCAUUUGUUGAAUGUUAACUGUUGUCAUUGUGGUGUGCACAUUAGUUUGUUUCCAACCUGUUGUUAAGGUUAGUUUGCAAGUUUACACUGUUAUAAAUCUUUACAUAUGCUGUUGA